UUAUGAAAAAGAAAUAAUGAAAUUAAGGUUGGAACUUGAGAGAGGAGAGUCUUUUCUUCGAAUUCUGGAGAGUGAAAUGUCCUUUGCUCAAAAAGAUGCUCAGAAGCAGGUAGAUUCUGCAGAGGAUGAGCUACAUGAUGCGAAAACCAAGCUUUUGGAACUGCAUGUACAACAGAGAGGGCCUAGACAUCAACCUUUUAGCUACAGGUCAGAAAGUCCGCUUGACCAAAGUUAUAGUCAAGAUGUCCAGCAACCACAGGCUGAAACUGACCGAGCCAUCGAGGCAAUGUGCCACGGAACCAACACUGGGUCUGGAACCAGCUUACCCUCUGGAUCUUUUUGCCUUUCAUUUGUGUCCGAAGGAACCACUACACCUCGUGGUCCUUCUCCUGAUGAAUCUUUGUGUGUUCACUUUGGACCUGAAGCUGCUGGUUCACCUCCCCUACUUGCUCCUGCUUCUCCAUGUGAUGCCAGAACACCACCUACUCAUGCUCGUGACAGUGAUGAAUAUUUUCAGCCUCAGCUUGUGCUCAAAGGAGCUGCUGCACCUGUUGCUACAGAAACUGAUGAUCGUGUUCAGGUUAAUGUUGUACAACGAACAGCCCAUACACCUCCUCCUGCUCGUGCUCCUUGUGUACGCUGUGGAGAGCCUAGACACAGAUCCUACACUUUGUCAGGAACUGAGAUAACCUCUGGUGGGACACGCUGUAUGACCUGCCCUAUGUCUGGGACUGACACAACCUCUGAAUCCUUCCAGAUUCCAUUUGUACCCCAAGGAAUCAGUACACCUUGUGGUCCUGCUCAUGAUGCACGCUGUGGAGAGCCCAGACAGAGAUCUUACACUUUGUCAGGAAAUGAGAUACCCUCUGGUGGGACACUCUACAAAACCUGCCCUAUGUCUGGAACCAACACAGCCUCUGAAUCUCUUCCGAGUUACUUUAUACCUGGAGGAGUCAGUACAGCUGUUGGUUGUGUUCCUAAUGUACGCUGGGGAGAGCCUAGAGACAGAUGCUAUACUUUCUCAGUAACUGAGAUACCCUCUGGUGGGACACUCUACAGAACCUGCCCUAUGUCUGGAACCAACACAGCCUCUGAAUCUCUUCCGAAUUACUUUAUACCCCAAGGAGUCAGUACACCUGUUGGUCCUGCUCCUCCUGCAAGUGGGAGAGAGCCUCGAGAUCUACAUUUUAGCUCUGGGUCAGAAAGUGAUCUUGACCAGAGUUACAGCCAACAUUUCAGGCCACUGCGAGCUGCAGAUCACUCAACCCCCGAUGUGAUGCGCUACGCAAGUGACACUGACUUACACCACUACUGGAGACCCUGCCCUCCUCCUCUGCCUUCAUUCCUCUUUCCUAGUUGCUGGAGAGGCAGGAGUUACAAUUCCCCAGGACCAUCGGGCACGUAUGUCAGCGUUAUGCCAUCCGUAAUGAAUACUAGCUCAAAGCUGGAUUCUUCCUGUAUUAGGCCACUAAGUACUUUUUCCUUUUCCAUUCCCUCCUGUUGGAAUGGAAGUGGUACUGGGUCCUCAGUAAACACAUCCUUCAGUUUCAGACCACGCAGAUCCCAUUCUUUGCCUCCAUUCAGAUCUGUCAGCCAGGAUAUCUCAUCCAGAAGGAGAAGAAAUCAGUAUGGGCUGUGACAGCCUUCUUAUGCAACAUCCUAG